AUCACAGCCAUGGCCUGCUCCGACCUCUGCCGCCCCUGCGGACCCACCCCGCUGGCUAACAGCUGCAACGAGCCCUGUGUCAGGCAGUGCGAGGACUCCCGCGUCGUCAUCCAGCCUUCCACCGUGGUGGUCACCCUGCCAGGACCCAUCCUCAGCUCCUUCCCCCAGAGCACCGCCGUCGGAUCCUCCUCAUCGGCUGCCGUGGGCAACGUCCUCAGCUCCCAGGGAGUGCCCGUCUCCUCCGGAGGCUUCGGCUUCGGCUACGGCUACGGCUUGGGCGGCCUGGGCUGCUUCGGCGCCGGGAGAGGCUGCUACCCCUGCUAAGGUGCAUUGUCACAUGAGCUUGAUGUCAACGGCUCCUCCUCUCUAAGCACCAAACAUGGAAGCAGUGAAGGGGCAGCCCAGGUUUCCUGGAAACAUUGCCCAAGUACCUCCUCU